AUGCUCAAGGCCGCUGCCUCCUCCCGCCGCCGGGCACUCGGAGGCGCCGAGGUGGACCUCCCUGGGACGGAGCGCUCCCAGUCCGCCAACGGCCAGAGGUCCCAGGCCCCAGGCAGCCCGCCGGCCUCUGACGUUCCUGAAGGCGUGGUGGACAGGGGUAAGUACGCGUUCAGCCCGUUUCCCCCUGUGCAGGAGCGUCUGAGGAACGGCAGGAUCCCCCGGGAGAAGCUCCGGGGCCCGCCCCCCCACCAGGCAGGGGAAGUGGCCGGGUCCUCUGGGAAGGGGCAGAAGAACGGGGGCCACUGUUUCCCUGACCAGAGCCUGACCGCUGAGCCCAAGCUGGAGGAGAAGCUGUUGGAUAGCAGAGAUGAGCCGGCCCAGGGCUCCCUCAGCGGCCCCCAGCGAGACCCACCAGAGCCCCCCGGGCCCCACCACUUUCACAAACCUGAGCUGGCCAUGACACAGAGCCUCACUCUCAUCAGCUCAGAGAACUGGGAGGAGAAGAUGGAAGGGCUCACGGUGCUGCGCAGUCUGGCCCAGAACCACGUGGACACGCUGCUCCCCAGGCUCCGCGACGUCUGCCUCGACCUCGUGCAAGAGUCAGCGUGUUGUCUACCUCGUGUUUGUCUGUCUCCGUGUGUGUCUGGUUCUCCGGUGAAGAACCUGCGUUCGGGCGUGUCCCGCGUAGCCGUGUGCACGCUUGGCGUCCUGUUCUGCCACCUGCAGCGGGCCAUGGACAAGGAGGUGGACACCACGGCCAGGGCGCUGCUGCACAAGGCGGCCGAGAGCAACUCCUUCAUCCGGGAGGAAGUGGACGCGGCGCUGGGCCACAUGGUGCGGCACUGCACGACGGCACGCUGCAUCAACGCCUUUCUGGACGGGGGUUUGAGCCACCUGAGCGCGGUGGUGAGGAAGUGCGCCGCCCAGCACCUGGCCGACCUACUGGAAAGGGUAGGCGUGGCCCGCCUGCUGUCCGGAGGGAAGGACGUGACGGACAGAAUCCUCCCGGCCGUGGUCAAGCUGGCCCUGGACUCCUCCCCGGAACCCAGGUCCUUUGGCCGCCGGAUGUUGCUGUUCCUGUCCUCCCACCGGGACUUUGAUAGCAUGCUGGAGAAGAACAUCCCGACCAAGGACCUUUCCGCCGCCCGCAAGACGGUCAGCGGACUCAAGGCAAAGGGUCAGGGUCAGGGUCAGGGUCUUGGUGAGACGCCCCAGACCCCAGCCUCGCUUCCCGGCAGUGGCACCGUCAGGGCCUCGACGCUCAAAAGGAAGCUCCCCAAACCGACCAUAGCCCGCAGCCCCACCGUCACCGCCAACCCGACCAACACCACCACCACCACCCCCAGGGAGCCCAACAGCAAGUACAGCUCCAAACCUCAGGGGCCCAUCAUCGAAGACAAGGCUGAGUACAUCAGACAGCUCACCGCUCUGCUGGAGUCCAAGGACUUCAGGGAGCGCAUCAAAGGCAUCGACCAGCUGGUGGCCGACUGCCAGCACAAGCCCAGCAUGGUCGUCCGCAGCCUGUUCCCGGUGUUUGACGCCUUCAGAGACCGCCUGCAGGAGUCCAACCGUAAGGUGAACCUGUAUGCCCUGGAGGCCCUGCAGGGGAUGGUGCGCCUGCUGAAGGAAGACCUGUCCGGGGUGCUCAACCACCUAGUGCCCGCCAUCGUGGACAACCACCUCAACUCUAAGAACCGCGCUGUGUACUCGGCCGCCACAGGGGCCCUCUGCGAGCUGGUGCUGAACCUCGACAGCAGCCUCCUCCUGGAGCCGUUCGGCUUCAAGGCACGGGUUCUUAACGGCCAAGCAAAGGUGGAUCUGAUCGAGAAGGUUGCAGAGCUGGUGACGGAGCUGUACCCCCGCCGGCCCCAGCUGGUGGAGCAGAAGGCGCUGCCCCUGCUGUGGGGCCUGCUGGGCCCGUCCAGCGGCAGCGUGCACCGGGCGACCACCAGCCUGUGCCGAGCCCUCCACCAUCAGAUGGGGCCCGGCCUGUGGCAGAGCGCUGCCUCCCAGCCCCCGAGCGUCGGCAGGGACCUCAACCAGCUGCUGAGAACCAUGUCCUGAAUAAAAAAUGACGUAAGGACGGGAACGAGAAGACUCACUGCUCUCUUUGCA